UAUGGGAAAUAUGGCGGCGCGUGUCUCUUCAAAGGAAAAAAGGCAAAGAAGAAUUGUCCACAAUGACCAAAUUGCGGAAUCAUAUGCUGACCUUGGUGCCGUACGCCUACCAUACUCCAGAAGAACGGCAAGGCCCCGAGAAACAUGGAAAGAAGGCCUCUAUCCUGUGGAGGUGCAAGAGGGUCCCGACGACUCUACUGUUAGAGUUCAUUAUAUUGGUUGGGACAAGAAGUACGAUGAAAAUAAGAGGAAAACUGAUAUUGUGAGCCAUCCAUUGCCUUGUAGUGGUAUACUGAAUCAACUAGCAAUACAAAUUAAAGAACAAUUAACAGGAGGUCACAAAACGGACUCUUCCAUAACCGUCAGAAUAGAGAUACAUAACAACACGGACAUCCAGGAUGUUGAGUGGUUUCUGGCAUUGGGAACUGUUUAUAAGAGGUACAAGGAUAGAACUGUUUAUAUUAUAAACAGUAGAAACAGUCUGUGCCCAGCUCUCGGCGAGUCCUGGGACUAUAGAGUGGUGAAUAGUAACUGCGACAAUUACUACGUAAAAACAGAGACGGUACGAUUCUACGUGAGGAACAAGCGUCCUUUGGUCGAUCUUAUUCUUUUUCCAGACCACACGGAGGAUCAUUUCCUUUCAAGAGGAAAAGUUCUCACGUUUUCCUUUGUUAGAUGUCCUGGGAAUAAGGAAAUUGUGCCUGAACUGAUUGGUGGGAAUAUGUUGUAGGCAUUUAGUUUCACUAGGCUGAUGUGAUCUCUUGACCCUGUUAGUGUUAUUCUGAACAAAAUCAAGAUGAUCAUUAUUCAAAAUAUAGACCUUUUUGACAUUUUAUAUGAAAAUUUUUGGCAUAAUGAGUUGACCAAAGAAAUUGUUAUGAAAUUUGUUGAAAUUUUAGAAAGCAAACUUAAUAUUUCAAUAAAAAUUGAAAGCAAUGAUAGGGCGUUAAAUAGUCUCAGAGCAGCAUUAUUUCGCCUGAAAAGAGAAGGUCUGCGAACAAAAGUUAAGGGGGGUAUGCAAUUUAAAAUGUUCAAGAAAAACCUAACAGAAUCAAAGUAUUGUUGGGACGUACCACAGGGACAUUAUUGUGAGAAAAGUGUUGAGAUGCAAAAAAUGGUAUCGCAUGUAAAAGAAAUAGAAAAUAAUAUUUUGAAAUAUGCCGAGCUUAAGGAUAACGAGGAAAAAGCUCUUCGUAAAGAAAACAAGAACUUUGAACUAGAGCUU